CACCUCCUCGGCGCUUCUCGUGCGCGUCCUUUAACAUAUCUGCGCUCUCCGGCUGAAGGCAGUCACAGCGCGCAUCACAACGCGAGCGCAUCGGAGCUUUGCGUGUAGAGCACGUUUGUAUUUUAUUUACCUGUCCGACCCUUUUUUUGUCCCCUUUCUCCUCGUGUGUGAUGCAGGCAAUAUUAUGGGAUUAUUGCAAUGAAAAUUCACAUCGCAGAGAGCUUUGCCACUUCGAUGCCAGUGAGGCAAACUUGAGGAAUAUUUGGAGAUGAAGAAGAUGAAUCUGCCUUAGACGCUGAAAUACUUUGGUCCGCACAGAAGUGGCGCAUUUUGUGGAUAGUGAGAUUAAAUCCAGUUGCAGGUGUGAUGCCAUAAUCCUUGCGAGACAGUGAGGUAACAUGGACUCCUGGAUCUUCCCAUCGUCCCCUCCGAACCUGUCGGAGCACCUCAUGUAUGACAGCUUCAUGCAGGGCAAUGAGUCCGACUUCCAUGGGAACCACACGUACCACAGCUUCAACAAAACCAGCACGGUGGUCAUCACCUGCAUGUACUUUCUGGUUUGCACCGUGGGGCUCUGCGGAAAUGCCCUCGUCAUCUACGUCAUCCUGCGCUACGCCAAGAUGAAGACAGUUACCAAUAUCUACAUCCUCAAUCUAGCAGUGGCUGAUGUGCUCUUCAUGCUGGGCCUGCCGUUCAUCGCCAUCCAGCUGGCGCUGGUCCACUGGCCGUUCGGCCCCGUGCUCUGCAGGGUAGUGAUGACCGUCGACUCCCUGAACCAGUUCACAUCCAUCUUCUGCCUGAUGGUCAUGAGCAUUGACCGCUACCUGGCUGUGGUGCAUCCCAUUAAGUCCACAAAGUGGCGCAAACCACGCAUGGCCAAGACGAUCAACUUGGCAGUGUGGGGGGUGUCGCUGAUGGUUAACCUGCCCAUCGUUAUCUACAGCGGAGUCAUCACAAAGCACGACGGCUGCUUCUGCACCAUCGUGUGGCCUGAGCCUCAAGAGGCCUACUACACAGCGUUUAUGUUCUACACCUUCAUCCUGGGCUUCUUCCUGCCCCUCAUGGUCAUCUGCCUUUGCUACUUGUUCAUCAUCUUUAAGGUGAAGUCCUCAGGCAUCCGUGUGGGCUCCUCCAAGAGGAAGCGCUCAGAGAGGAAGGUGACUCGGAUGGUGUCCAUCGUGGUGGCGGUGUUCGUCUUCUGCUGGCUGCCUUUCUACGUCUUCAACGUCACCUCGGUGACGGGAACCAUCAGCACCACUCCCAUCCUGAGGAGCACCUUUGCUUUCGUGGUGGUUCUGGGAUACGCCAACAGCUGCGCCAACCCCAUCCUCUACGCCUUCCUGUCGGAGAACUUCAAGAAGAGUUUCCAGAAUGUUCUGUGUCUAAAGAAGGUGGGUGGGCUGGAUGAGGUCGAUCGCAGCGAUAGCCGGCAGGAUAAGUCUCGCAUGAUGAACGACCCCACGGAGACCCAAAGCACCCUGCUGAAUGGGGACCUGCAGACCAGCAUCUGAGAGGAAGACGACCUGACUCAGAUACACACAUACACUCAUUCAGACAGCCAUAUAUCUGAAACAAAUAACACAACAUCUCUAAGGUCACAUCAGAGGGAAGGAGAGGACAUUAUUAAAUAUUAAACAAGGUGUUCACAGAGGAACUUGUCCGUUGCUAAGGAGGACUAAGCACCAGCAGAAUGUUGAACUGCAGUGUGACACAUUGGAUUUCCCUGGCUGUAAACAAAUCCAUUAUAACACAAUUAGAAGUUCACACAACCGUUUGCUCUGUGGUGUAAAUGACAAUAAAAUCUAUUUGACUGUUUGUGUUUGACUGUGUGUAUUGACUCUGGGGCGAGGUAGAAUGGAUGCUAACGCCCACUUGCAAAUGCUCCCCUGGGUGGCAUGAAUUUUCCCUGGAGACCCAGGAUUAUAUACAGAGAGUUUACAGAGGAGGGUCUGUGCCAAGUUUCCACAGUGCUGUAUUGUGUAAAAUUACAUAACAGUGUGCUCAUAUGCUGUAAAAUACAUACCACGACAUGCUGUUAUUAAACCUGGCAACCCUAUCACUCCUGGACUUUUGUCCCGUCUGACUGUAAAUAACAGAAUAUGUGCAGAGACUGAAAAGACAGAUGAUUUUAUAUUCAGUGUCAGUUUUGAAACUCUAAAUCUGACUUGUGAAUAAGUAUAUUUUUCAGACGCGGAGCAUAAUGAAUGUCAGUGCCAUUGAUUCUUGUGUUUUGUAAUAUGUGGGACCAAUUUUACUUGUGCAGAAAUGUAUCAAGUGCAAAUGUGAAUAACAGUGUUCAGUCUGCAGGCAAAUAUUCCGUCCUGUGUCACUCGCUGCUUCUGUAUACAUGCAUAAUUUAUAUUAUAUCAAUGGUCCUGGCUCGAUAUACCAACGCCAGCCUCUAACCAAAGUGCUGCUAAGAUGUAUAGACGACAAUGUUGUAUAGUAUUAUGUAAAGUAAUGCCACUGUAUGCCUGUUUCUACCGGACUAAGCCGUUCUGUGUCAUGGCUCAUUUAUUAUUCUUUAUAUAUAUCAUGUUAUAGUGUUGCUGUCAUUGUUUGCAGAUGUUACAGUGGCUGCUUUUGUCAAAAAUGCCAGACUGCAUGAUUCUAAAUUAUUCAAUAUGAAUAUUGAGUAGUGGCUCUGCUUCAUGUUUUUGAUGUCAUCUGAGAGCAUGAAACCUGCUCAGAUUAGAUUUUGCAAAGGGUUAUUCUACUCCCCAGUAAAAGUGGAUGGGUCACUGGGAUUUAAACUGGAUUUAUAACAUACUGGUGUUUAAUUUCAAGGUGUUUUAUUGUGUUGUCUUCUCUGUUUCUCUAUUUUCUUUGACCUCGCAAAUACGAGCUGCCGUGCUGCCAGCCAUUGCAAGCUACUCCUAAACACUUUGUAUAAUAACACCGACCCAUCCUCUGUUUCUGUCUCCGGGUGUCCGAGUGACGUGAAUUUGUGAAGGGCUAGAACACUUAUUCCUCGAGAGGCUCUGGUGUUCCUUUAUCGUCAUCACUGUGCUGCUCCAGGAGUGCCACACUUCAUCCUGUGACUCCGUGUUUGUUGCUGUAGUCAGAUUACUUUCUAUUUAAGUUGUUAAACCUUUACCCUACAUGUGCAGGUUCCUUCAUACACACCAAAGCCAGCGACAGAUUAUGAUUAAUGUGCAAAGAAUCCUAAGCGUGUGUGUGUUGCAUUGAUCUAAACUCACCAGGCGGCCAGUCUCCAGCAAAAAUGUGAGGUAAAAUGUGUAUGAUAUGAAUAUAUAUACAACACAUACGUACAACUCAAAGUAGGUUUUCAUCCUCACAUGUCACACAGAGGCGCACACACACACGCACACACACACACACACACACACACACACACACACACACACACACACACACACGUUGUGAGCGCCAAGCCAUGACUAAUCAAAUUCCAUGUCCAAUCUCUCUCACUCUCUGCAGUAAUGCAGAAUUUGUCAGCGGGUCUGUAACAUCUUAUUACCACUGAAAGACAUGACACACCUCUAGUGUCGUAUAUUUCCAUAGCAACAGUGACCAAGAGUGUUAGUCCCAUGGUUAUACUAAUUAGCAUAAUAAUAAUAAUAGAGAAAGAUGUCUCUGGACAUGAAUUAUGAAUGUUGACAUUGCUCAGAUGGCUGAGAAAAAAAUAGGCAGCUGUGAAACCAAACACCUUCGUUCCAUAAAACCUGAUUGAAGUGUAUAGAAAUAAAAACUGAACACUUUGUGUUGUAGAAAAUCAUCCAGCUGUUGCAGAGAUGUUGUAGUAAUUAUGAUUCUGGCAGACUUUUCUUACAGUUAUGCUUAUGGGUUCAGCUUUUUUUUGUUUGUUUUGAAUAUCUGCAUUUCUUAGACUACACUGCAGAUUUUCUACAGCAUUGGUUUCAGUUUAGUGUUUUAUUUCUACGAUGAGCCUCAUUUUGUUGCUCGAAUGUCUCAUGAGCUUUGGAAAAUCUCACCACAGUUGUUCCAGGUUUUACUGUUUCUGUAGAAAGUUUAAAUGAAUGUAUGUUCUUCCAGUUUCUGUUCUGUUCAAUGAUAAUGAAACGCCGAGUUUGAUGGCGCAAACAUGGACUGUGUAUAGUUGUGUUGAAACUAAAUAAAGUAUGUAGCAUAGUAAGCAAGUGUUCCUUUAAUUAUUUGUGCAAUAUUCAUGAUAAAAGGGCUAAAAAUGCUAAAUAUUUAUAUAAAAAUGGUAAAAUCCUGUACAUUUACAUUUAAUUAUAUGAUUAUUUUAUUGCUACAUAUUAUUAUGAAGUAUGAAAACAGCUUUUUUUUUUGUAUACCUGCAUUGUAUUCAAUGCUGACUGCAGGUUUCAAUUUUUUUUUCUUCCAGACUUCCUCUGAGCUUCUCGGUUUGACCACAAAGUGGCGCCAUAAUCAAACACAUAACUAGAGCUGCUAUCAGGCCACAAACACUGAAGGUGAGAGUGCAUGUUUGCAAGUGUUGCACCAUACUCGGCUCAUCAUCUCUUGAUUUUCAAAAUAAAAUAAACUAAUAAAUAAAUUAAAUUCCUGUUUUCUUUACCACAAUGUCUUGCACACUACAGCACUUUACCUCUGGGACACCCAUAGUGCUAAUGAAUGGAAGAAAUGAGACAAAAGACAGGUACACAUUCCAGUUUUGUUCUGAGUUUAAUCACUGAAACGUAUAAUGAAGCUCUCCUCUUCCUUUUCGUUUCAGCUGCGUCCCUGAAUGUCCUUGGGUGGUCUUAACUGCUCCAUGAUACAUCAAAACCAAAGUGCGACCGUUUCACAAGUCUUUAAUUUUACUGUUUCGGAAAAACCUGCCGAUGCCCUCUAGCUGAGGUUCUGCAGCAGACCAAAGGAUAUGCAUGUUUGUUUUCAAUUACAGAGCAGCUAAACAACCAGGUGUUGUGGUGGGUUUUUUUUUUAAAUGUGGAAUUACUGUGAUAGGUUAGGGCCCUCAUCUUAUACAUGAGUGAAUUUUUUUUUUUCAUUAUUCUGUAUUUUUCUUUUAUACAUACACAAUCAGUGAUAUUCAAACAAAACAGACCACAACACCCUGAUGUGUAUGUGCAUUAUCUAAAGUCUGACUUGACAGCAUACUGAUUGAAUAGAGCACUGGGUUUACUGCACUGCAGAGGCAAGACACACCACGAACCACACCGGUCUACACCAGCCACACAGUUGCCAUGGAGAAGAUUAACACUGAUGGAUUCAGAGCCAGGCUGUGGUCGCACAGUGCCCAUAUACGUGCAAUGUGUUUUUACCCUCUAUGUAUCUCACAUGAUCGUCCCUCCCGUCCCCAGACUACAGAACAAAAAUCAUGAUGGGCAGCAGGCCUUGAGGCGUUACUGAGGGCAAUUUUUCACAUACUAUAAGAUCAUGAAAGCCCAGUCGCAUGCAGUGUUGUUAAACGGGCUUCUUUUUUUUUUCUUUGCACAGAGCAUUCAAGGUGUUGAAUGACGAGAGACCACAGCAUUCUCACAUAUCAUAGGACCUCAUCUGGAGUUCAUGUACUGAGUCUUCUCUUCAGAAUGCCGUACGAAACCCAAAGCUCACAUUCAACAUACAAUUCAUAAACAGCAAAGGGUGAGCCAAUUUAACCAUCACCAUCAUUAUACCAACAAUUCCACAAGAAUGAAAGUAUAAUACGUCCAAAAACAUUUCCAGUACCAGGACAGCGAGGGACAUAUGACUGUACUGAAAAUUGAAAAAAAAAAAAAAAAAAAAAAA